AUGUCGUGGCGGCCAGCUUUGUCGCAAACGGUCAGAGAAUUGCGAAUCCAUCUUUGCCAAAAGUCUUCAAGUAGUCAAGGAGCACGGCAAUUCAUCGAGAAGAAUUAUGUUCAAUUGAAGAAGGAUAAUCCAAAAUUGCCUAUACUUAUUCGAGAAUGCAGCGGUGUUGAAGCAAAGAUGUAUGCUCGUUUU